UCCAUUGUCUGCUUUCCAGUGUUGAUAUGAAUAUGGCUGCUGUCAGUUAAACAAAAGCAAAUCAACCUACUAUUUGACUGAAAUCGAUUAAGCUAAAAACAAAGCAUAUUAAUAUAAAUAUAUAUAUGUACAUUUUUGUUUGUCUCAUUUUGAUCACUACAGAGUGGAGUACGAGAAAACCGACAUCAAUUCUUAAAUGAUCAGGCGGCAGGAGGCCCAUAAUAUUUUAAAGAAUGUCUCAUUACACUGAUGAGCCACGAUUUACAAUUGAGCAGAUUGAUCUCCUGCAACGAUUGCGGCGGACUGGAAUGACAAAACAUGAAAUUCUGCAUGCUUUGGAUACACUUGAGAGGCUUGACCGUGAGCAUGGAGACAAGUUUGGUCGCAGAGCUUUGUAUGGUACUGGUGGCACAAAUACAACAGUUUCUGUCAGUAAUGUAACAGCUUCAUCCUCAACUACCACUACUGCAACACAGACUCAAUACCGUGUUCUCUCGCCUUCUCCAAGCAACAGUUAUGACAUUUCUCCUCCCCCAAGUACUGCAACAACCAUUCAUAAUGGAAGAGAGAGUCUGCCCGCUACUCCAAACGGCAAGCUAUCACCUAACAGAUACACAGUCAGUAGUGUCACUCAACGAUCAUUCAGCUUUGAGGCCACAGAAGAUGAUUUAGACAUUGAUGACAAAGUAGAAGAACUAAUGAGAAGAGACAGCAGCAUUAUCAAGGAAGAAAUCAAAGCAUUCCUAGCCAACAGACGAAUUUCACAAGCUGUGGUGGCACAAGUUACAGGUAUCAGUCAGAGUCGGAUAUCCCACUGGCUUCUUCAGCAAGGCUCAGACUUAAGUGAACAAAAGAAGAGGGCCUUCUACCGGUGGUACCAACUUGAAAAACACAGCCCAGGUGCCACACUUAAUAUGCGUCCUACUCCCCUUGCAAUAGAGGACCCAGAAUGGAGACAGACACCACCACCAGUUAGUACUACACCUGGAAGUUUUCGUCUGCGUAGAGGAAGUCGUUUUACAUGGAGAAAGGAAUGCUUAGCUGUGAUGGAAAGCUAUUUUAAUGAAAACCAGUAUCCUGAUGAAGCUAAAAGAGAGGAAAUUGCUAAUGCUUGCAAUGCUGUGAUACAGAAACCAGUGACCAAAAUACAAGAUAUAGGAGAAAAUAAAGGAAUAUCCCAACAAGGAAAAAAGCUGUCAGAUCUGGAAAGAGUUACCUCCUUGAAGGUUUACAAUUGGUUUGCAAACAGAAGGAAGGAGAUCAAGAGAAGAGCAAAUAUUGAAGCAGCAAUCCUGGAGAGCCAUGGAAUUGAUGUACAAAGUCCUGGAGGGCACUCAAACAGUGAUGACAUUGAUGGAAAUGACUACUCGGAGCAGGAUGACAACACAAGCCACAGUGAUCAUCAGGACCCUAUCUCCCUGGCCGUAGAAAUGGCCGCAGUCAAUCACACCAUAUUAGCUCUAGCAAGACAAGGUGCAGGAGAGAUCAAGACAGAGGUGCUGGAUGAUGACUGAGAUACUAUGAAUGUGGUGCUUCACUGAAAUAAUUCUGGCAACUUAUCUUUUUGAAUACAUGGUUUAUUUUUUACAUUUUUUAAGAGGCAUCUGUACUUUUUCCAUAACAUUAUAUGUCUGUUGUUACACAUUAUAAAUUUUUUUUUUAACUGUUAAUACAUCAGUUAGUCAUAAAUGAUGUAGCCCUACAAGUAAAUUUCAGUCCUGCUCUCAGAUAUGAGCAACCUUUGAUAAUCUGAAAAAUAGGUUUAUAAAACUAAAUGCAUUUCACAUAAGUCAAUCAUUUUAUUAGUCUGUUAUGUCUUCUGUACUAAAUGCUUGCAUAACCAGUCAGCUAAACAGAUUCUUUAUACUGUAUACUGAAUUUAAACUUUAAGGUAUACUGUAGUAAUUUUACAUUAUUAAAAGUCUCUUCAAUAGUAUUUUAAUGAUGUGAUUUAAUAAUAGAAAUAUUUUAAUGUCACUUAAAAGUGAGUUGUAGGAAAGAAAUAUCACUGCCCAUGUUGCUAAAAUGAUGUAUGGUGACAGCAUAAUGCAUUUUGAGUAAUUCUGUCUUAAAAAAGACCAGUUCUUUUCUACUAGACUUCAGUGAUUUGAGAUCCUGGUAUAGUUUGGUAGAUACUCAUACUAGUUUCGAAUCAACUACAGGCUUGAUGAAAUAUAUUAAGAAAAUCUGUUUAUAAUGUUGUUGCCAUAGAAAAUGAGGGUCUAGCAGCAUACAUAGACUCGUAUCUUAAAUGCCAUCACUGCCCUUUGGAUUCUGUCAUAGUCGAAGCUGGCUUCAGCAUAUAACUUCCGACAGUCAGCAUAUGAUACCAGUGAUUGUUUGUUCACAAGAAUGGUUAAGAUUAGUGUUUAUCUAGAGGUAGUCCAUAACAUUAUGUCACAGUAAACAUAUUUUUGUUUUUGAAUAUGAAUGCUUUUCUUUAUUAUGUUGUGUUUUAAAAGAAAACAUUUAGGCUUACCACUGCUUUAGGGUUGCUUGAGAAAAGUAUAAUGUUGUUUUAGAGUUCCAGAAAAUACAGCUCAACUUGCUGGCUUGAAACUCUCAGAGAGAGAAAUGGGGCAGCUUCCAACAUGAGAGUAUAUGAAGGCUGAAAAAUACCUAUUAUAGAAAUUCAUAAUACUAUAACCAUGCAUUCGAUUUUAUGUUGAAGUUGUUAACAAAAUGGAGUUCACAAGCCAAAUGGAGAGGGCAGUUUUAUUUGUGAACAAUAAAAGCAAACUUUUAUAUUAACUUUAUUAUUAAGUAUAAUAAAUCUAAUUUCUGAUUCUGACAUAUAUAGUAUGUGAGUAAUAACUUGAAUAUAAUACACUACCUCCAAUUCUUGUCAAAAUAAUGAAUGCUAAAUAAUUAAAGUAAGUGAAAAGCAAUCAGUAAUUAAUAACCCUUAAUACUUCAAAACUACACAUUUACACCAAAGUCUUUUAUCAUGUAAACAUUUGCUGUAUUGUGUCUCAGUCUAAAAUGUUGCUGAAAUGACAAGAUUAUGGAGCAGCUGUGCAAAAUGUAUUACAUACAACAAGCUCCUGCUAUUUAUAUACAUUAUGCAUGAUUUUUUCCCAAGGGAAAAACCAAGUCAGAAAUGUAUCACUGUAUUUGAAUAAAAUAUGUUGUGUUCAAACUCA